UCUGUCUCCUAUCCUAUGUGUUACAUGUUUCAGAGGGGUUCGCGGUGUAAGUAACUGUGCAUAAUUUUGAAGGAGAUACUUAACUGGUUGCAAGGGCUACUCAGAGAUGGUAUUAUGAACUGUUACUGGGGGUUGGAGGGCAGGAGGCAAUAGACUCAAAUGUGUCCUAGACACCUCUCACUCUCUCAACUGUUCCUUUUGGAAGCUUGUUCUAGUCCAUCACUUUACAGAAGUACCUUAAUUUAUGAUUAUGCUGUUCCCAUUACUACACACUAUACUGUCUAUACUUAUUAAAUUUAUUAAUAUAACAUUAAUAGUCAUUAAUGUCAUUAAUCAUUAAUUUUAAUGCAACAUUGUAAAUUAAAUUUUUCUUUAGGCCUACAUGAUGCAGCUCAGCUACAAAAAGAAGUCUGUCAGCCUUUAGUUAACCCAUCAACUCAAACUCAGUUAUAAAAGAAAGAAAAUGGAAGGUAAUUAAAUACUCCAUGAGAUGAUGAUAUUAAUACUUUGAUCAAUUAUUGAAUACUUUAAAUCAGGCUUGCACAACUCAAAAUGUAAGGCGGGCCGUAAUACUUUAUGAAAAACUUGUUCGGGCCAAAAGAAAAUAGGACAAGACUUGUGCGGGCCAAAAAAAAUAGGACGGGGGGGGAACCUAUCAAGGAAAGAAUAAGAAUAAGGAAUGUUUCUUUACUUCGCGGGCCACAAAGUGGGUGCUGGCAGGCCACAUGCGGCCCGCGGGCCGUAUGUUGUGCAGGCCGGCUGUAAAUGAAAUAUAAUAAAUUCUCAUUAAAUAUUUUAAUGUCUAUUGUGUUUUGAUAGUAGAGGAAACCUUAAAAAACACUUGGCAGCAGCAAUCUUAUUCAUUCAAUUAGUUUGUUACAUCGUGUGUCAGUCAAGAUGGCAAUUAAAGGGAACAUGCCAGGUUUUUGUAUGCAAAACACAUUUCUAUUUUUGUAUAUAUAUAUAUAUAUUUUGUACCAUAAUAACAUUGUCUCUUUAAAUGACAUUUUCAGAUAAACAGAAUAACAGUUUGCUUAUCAUUAUUCUUGACACCAAUCCUGUAUGGUGGGGCAGGAAGCAGCUUGCUAAUGAUCAGGCAUGAGGAUAUUUCAUUAUUCAUUGAAUACAUUCUUUUUUGACUACUACAUACUAUGGAUUAUUUGCUUCACUUCAACUCAAAGUUGCUGACCAAAUUUUUUAUUUGAUGCUCUAAUUGAUUGCAUGGAUCCAGAACAAUUGCUUUGAUUUGAAAAAUUAUGUUGAAAAUGUUUCCAGAACAAAAAUAUUAAUAUACUUCAAAAUUUAAAUCUCAUUUUUUUCUUCUUCCCUGUUUUUACUCAAGCUUACCCUGAGUCACUGUGUUGAUUGUGUAACAGUAUUGGCUGAUUCUCAUCUAAUGCUCACCCAUAAAAACAAACUGGCUGUAAUAGCUGCUCACACAGAUCAUAGGUUUUUACUCCUAUUAAAAUUAUUAUUAUUUUUAGAAAUGUACUUUUUGCUUAGGUGUUUACUUUAAAAUUGUCUCCAAGGCUGCGACAAAAAAAUUAAGUGUAGUGCUGUAAAUAAAACAGCUUUUAAUAACAUCUGCUGGCCUACAGGUCUUUACGGGGAUAAUAAAAAGUAUGUGUGUUGACAGGAUUUAAGCUGUCAACUACUUUUACCAAAAAGUACUAAUAUUGCAACAUUUCAUUGACAACACCUUUAAUGUAUUGGCUACUUCACCAACCUAAUGAAUUUCUCUAUCUCCUCUAUUGGUUCCAGUGUGUUUCUCUACCCACGCCCUCAGUCUGAGAAAAGUAUGGCAGUGAAAUUGCCUGAUGAUGGACAGUAUGAAGUCUUCAGUCAGGUGGAGGGACAACUAAGAUCACAAAUUCAGAGAUUAAUUGCAGCAGGUGAACUAAAGAAAAUUACGCUUGCUAAAGAAAAUUACGCUUUACUUUGUUUUUGUCUGGUUUUAGCGCCCUCUCCUAUAUUUUUUCUGUUUUAGGUAGGAUAUGUAUAUUGAUAUUAUGUAAAUUUAAUUUAUACUUAUUUAAAUGUGUUUUGUUUGUUUGUACUGAUGAAGGCAUGUGCCGAAACGUUUAAUUGUGUAUAAUGUAUAAUUAUUAUUAAAGCUAACUCAUAUUGUUCUAUUGACACUAUUUGUUAGUGUCUUAUUAAUCUUUGCAAUAUAUUUGUUUGAUUCCUGCUUCAAAAAAGUGUGAAUAAAAGGAUGGAAAUGUAUGAACUGAUGUCUGUUUUGGGGGUAGAGGUGGGUAUAGACAGAUCUAUAUAAAAAAAAGCAGUAUAUAGUUAAUUGCAUUUUCAUCCAGUUCUUGUAAAAGCGUGUUGUCUCUGUCCUCAGAUAAAGUAAAAAUCGAUGACAUGUAUGAAGUGGCAGAGCAGCCCUCAGAUUCACUGGUAGCUGGCGCAAUAUCAAUGGCCCUCUGUUGUAUCCUUUACUUUUUUGAAGAAAGAGAAAAACACAACAGAAUUACUGGAUCUUAAAGGAGUGGUCAUUUUGCUAUACAUUUAGACUGAGUGCUGGUGUUAAAUCCUCUUCCUUAAAUCUAAGCUCAGAUACCCACAGGCUUGAGAAAGAGUGUCCCAUUGGAGAAACACUGUCAACUCGAAUUCUCGUAAGCUGCGGGGCAUGUAGAUAAAGCUUUAUAUAACAAACUUAUAGAUCUUUGUUAAAUAAUUGAUGAUUUAAUUAAGUUGGGGUAAUGAUCAAAUCUGUCUAUUUAAGUCUGAUCUAUAUAGUUUGGGUAUUUCUGUAUAGAGGAUAUGAUCUAUAAUGUAUAUUUAGCCACAGGAUGCAGAACUGAAACUUACAAGAGUAAGACAACAUAUCUAUAAAAGAGUGGGGCAACAAAGUUGUAAAAGAGUGGUGCAACAGAGCUAGUAAAAGAGUGGGGCAACAGACUGGAUAAAAGUAAAAGAGUGGAGCAACAGAGCUAGUAAAAGAGUGGGGUAACAGACUGGAUAAAAGUAAAAGAGUGGGGCAACAUCGGGUAGAAGACUGGGUUUAAGAUAGCUGUAAAAGAGUGAGGCAACAGCACUGGUAGAAGAAUGAGGGGCAACAUAUCUUUAAGAAAAGUCAGGCAAUAGCACUGCUAGAAGAGUGGAGCAACAUAGGUAGAAUAGUGGGUGCAACAUAGCUUAAGAGUGGGGCAAUAUAGCUGGUAGAAGAGCGAAGGCAACACAGCUGCUAGAAGAGUAAGGGCAACAUAUCUGUAAAAGAGUGGGGAAACUUCACAAGGAGAAGAGUGGGACAACAUAGCUGUUAAAAGAAUAGGACAACAUAGCUGGUAGCAGCAUGGGUCAACAUUGUUUGUUGCAGCAUGGAACAACAUUGCUGGUAGAAGAAUAGGACAUCAAUUUUAAUAAAUCAAUUUUUGAAAAAUUAAAAAGUUCAAAUGAAAUUUUUUUUUUCUUUCUAAAAAUCAAUUUUUAAAUGAAAUUUGGAACUCGGAGCAAAAAAAGAAAUUGUACCAGCUACAGUUCUGGGCAAAAGACCCUGCUCCAGAGCUUUGAGCUCUGCUUCAAAUUCCUAUUUUUUCAACGACAGCUCAACAUGAAUUAGUAGUUAUUGUAUACUACAUUAUACUCAUUGUAUGUUUAUUAUUUGCUAUUGUGAUACAUUAGUGUAUGAUAUUGACCAUAUUGUUCCAUUUUGGGAGUAUAAUCAGGUCUGGAUGAUUGCCACGAUCUUAUUUGUGUGUCUCCGUUGUCUAGUGGUAUUUGAUACUUAAAACACACGGUCACCAAACACAAAGUACACAAGAGUACAUAAAGACUUAACACAAGAGUUCUUCUCAGUUAUGUGUUCUAACUUUUAUUUCACUACUCUCUAAUCUAAUAAGUUCUCCCUUUAGUAAUGUGGGUUCUGCUAACAAGCUCAACCAAAGAACCAGACAUACUACAUGGAUCACAACACUACUAUUUACUACUUGCACACUACUAACACCAACUAACAAUAACACUAACACUGAUACAGUCAGCGUCCUACCCCACUCGCUCUCCCCUACUCUACUGACCAACAGCCCACCUGCACACACUACUGUACUACCCCCUAGCCUUAGUAUCCUUACGCUUAUAGAACGGCUGUCACAACAAUGACGCUCAGUGAUACUAACACCUUGACAAUGAUGCAUUGUAACCAUAACUCUCUCUAAAUAGUGAGGACAGUUCCUCUUUCAGUCAUCAAGAUUUGUGAGAAUAUUUCAUGUAAUAUUUCCUCAGAGUGACUCUUGCAAUUAUUCACUUGUAUCUACAGUUGUUGAAAAUCUAAAUUUCAUGGUUAAAACACUAAGGUGUGUAGGAAAACUUAUGCACUCAUUCAAAUUUCACUCCUCAGAUAAUCAAAGGCUCUAAUGAUUGUCCUUCACAGUACAUGAAUUUUAUGAAUGCUGUUUUCACUGCUCAGAAACUGGUAAUAGGAUUGUUGAUGUAAUUCAUUGUUUUAAUAGCAAAUUAAUAACAUAAUAUUAAUUGUUAUUGUUGGGGAUGUUAUACUUGACCAGCGAAAUAUCAAGGUGAAAAAAUAGAUUGAAAAAAAUUUAAUGAAAAAAUUCAACCCCUAUCCCGGCUGUAGUAUGCCACAUCCCCUGUCAAUUUCUGACCCUACCUAUCCCAUUUUUCUUAGAUCCACCAUUGAUAAAACGGACCACAAACAAAAAUUAUUCAUUAAAAUUUGUGAUCUCGUUUUUACCCCCAGAAUAUUGUCAUUGAUGCCUGUGUGCUGGACUCAGAUUCUGGUCUUCUUCAGCAGGUGUGUACUCAUGUAAUUUUAUAAUUUUUUUCCAAAGUAAAGCCUUUUACAUCAAUAUUGAUUUAAAUUAUCUCACUUUGAUAAUUUGACAUUUUUUCUAUUUCAGGCCUGUGACAUUACAAAUGGUAUUUAUCUGAAAAUUCCUCAACCCCUUGGACUGCUACAGUAUUUAACAGUAGGUCCACUUUAUAAAACAGGGAUGAGAUUUUUCUGUGGUGUAUCGUCUUAUUGUUUUUUUGUGUGCAAUGGUUUAGUCCCUGGUAGUUGAUAACAAAGAAUCAGAUAAUUUGUCCACGACUGCUUAAUAUUUUUUCUGAGAAUGAGUUAGCAUUGCCAAGUCAAUAGUAACUUUGUUUAAUAGUUGUUAUGAGAAUGAGUUAGCAUGGCCAAGUCUAUGGUAAACCUUGUCUAAUAUUUGUUAUGAGAAUGAGUAAGCAUGGCCAAGUGUAUGGUAACCUUGUUUAAUAUUUGUUAUGAGGAUAAGUUACAAUGGCUAAGUCUAUGGUAAACAGAGGCCAGAGGUACUUUUGUAACCACUGUCAUACUAAAACAUUCAAAGUAAAAAACAUGCAAAUUAUAGUUAAUUUUAGAUGUUUUAAUAAUGGAAAAAAUUGAUGUAUGUGUUUAUUUUUCUUUCCUUUAUGUUAAAUUCAUUUUAUGUGAAGUAAAUUAAUGACUUAAUACAUUCACUUUAUUUACAUACAUUUCCUGUUAAUGACUAUUCCACUUUGCACACACACCAGAAAUAAUUUUGGGGAUACCCUUAAGUUCUUUAGUAUGGGAAAAAAUAAGAAUACAUAUUCAUAUUGAACUGAACUGUUUCGAGUAGUUUCUAAAAAAUGUCCAGAUGAUUGAAGCUGAAUAACUAUUGAUUCUUAUCCACAGUGGGUUUUUCUACCCGACCCCAAUACAAGAUCUAAAAUGGCGCUACCCCCUCGUGCUCAGGUCGACUAUAGAGCUGCUUGUUUUUGCCACAGGCAUCUCAUUGAUAUUGGAUAUGUUUGUUCUGUUUGCUUAUCUAGUAAGGAGGUUCUCCCAUUUUUUAUAGAGAUAUUAUCACUGACUUAAAUUUCAAAUUAAAUGUGUAUAAUUUAGUAAAUUUAGUGAGAGUAAUUUGUGCUAUGUACUAGCACCAGGAGGCUAUCAUGCUUGCUUUAGUAUUAUUUCUGUUCUACCUCUAUGAUAUGUUGCAGUUAUAUUUCUAAAUAGAUUACUAUUAAUGUUUACUUUUCAGUCUACUGUACCUUCAGUCCAAUUUGUUCUACAUGCCAGUAAGUAACUUUUCAUAUAAAUAAAUCUUACCAUUGCUUGGGUACUUUACUAUUCAGAGGUAGAAAGAGGCCUAGGUCACAUGAUGUUUUCCUAAGGAAAAAAAAUCAUUCUUUGCAUAGGAUUGUAAAAUUCAGUCCCAUAACUAAAACAGAAGCAUAUGAAAAUUCAGCAUCAAAGAAAUCAUUUGGUGGUCAACAUUUUCAUUACUAAUAAAGCAUUAAGCUUUUUGAUUCUUUCCAACCACUCCAUGUUGUGUUGACAGAACUGCUACUACCCUUAAAUUUAAGUCACUGAAAUUUUCUGACCUUGCUUAACACUAAUUAGAAUAAUAAAACAUUACUUUUAGACUCUCACAUUUUUUUAUAUCAAGAGUCAAAUGUUGUUUUUUUUUAUCUUCCUUUGCAGAACAACCUUCAAGAUUGUUGGUCCACAAAAAUUAAUGAAAAAGAAGAAAAAAUUAUGAAAAAAAAAGUGCUUUUCAUUGAACUAUGUGAAUGUGUUAUUUUACAAUAAAAAUUUGAAAAAAUUGUCAGAGAAAA